AACACUAUAAUAGUCAGAUAAACAAAAUUGCUGUGAUUCAGAAACAGAAUUUAUUCAUACAUUUUUAUCAAUAUUUGUACUAAAUGGCCAUCAAAAAUAUGCUCAAAAUUAGUGGUUUGAAUCUUUGCAGCAUUGAUAAGGGCUUAAGCAAACUCAAAAACAUUUUGCCAUUUAGAGGAGCUGCAACUUGCAGGCCCAUUGAGAGCCUAACACCAACUCAAAGCGAUCACGACUACUCACGUAUUUCAGCUACAAGUGUGCUGCGAGAGUCGAGCUUGCUCAACAGCAAUGCACUGACAGAGAAACCAUCGGAGAACUUUCUAGCUGAGCAGCGACGUCAGCGUUGCAAAGAAAUUCUUAAGGAGCACUAUUUGCGCAAGUUGCAAGAACGACGACAACAAGAAAGCGAGAUAGGUCAGCUGCCCGAAAUGUCACAGCGUUUACGUGAUAUAAUGGCCAUGGAUGCGGCGCUGUCUGUAACCAAGAAGUCCUAUGGCGAUAAUCUCAAGCUACCUGCAAGCAAUGGAAGCACAAUAAGUGUUAUAGAUUUCAAGCCACAAAAUAACUGCAAUAUGAAUCGCUGGCGCUUAAGAAUACCAUUUCGUAAGCGACUACAAACUCAAGAUCUAAAACUAAAAGUUGUCGAAUCGAUAAGGCUGGGCAAGAAGGCGCGCAAGGUGAUACGGCCACCGGGCAGUGCAGCAGGCUCAAAGAAGCAAAAGGCUCAGCAAAUGCAGUUGGAAAAUAUUCUAAAAUUGAAAACAGUUCAUAGCCUCAAGAUGUGGCAUUUUGGUGCACGAACUAUACCACGCUUGAGUUGAAUGAACUUAUCAUGACGCAACUCAAAUUUAAAGUGUUAACAUAAAUUAUACUUAUAUAUAGCAUAUAAAUUUCGCUUUUAAAUUGUAAGCAAUA